AUGGCAAAUAUAAUAUUAUCAGCUGCUGCUGCUCUACUUCUUGCUGUGAUUGUAACAAGUUCUGCAAAAAUGUCAGCAUAUGAUCUCGGUCGAUGUAUCAUGUCGGAGGGCUCAAUUGGUUAUCUGGCUGAAAAGACAGCACUAGCUUUUGUCUGUCAACGAAACUCGAAACAUGCCAGAAAUCAAGAGCCGUCAACCGCAGUUCUCAAUUUGGCCAAACGUGUUUUAGCUGGUAAAAUCCCCGAUCUCACUAAAGGUGCAAGUCAUUGGUAUUCGCCAAGAUCAAUGCCAUCAAGUGCACAAAAAUCAAAAUGUUCGCCUCCGAUAGGCACCGGAAACAUGGACUGUCGUGGCGGUUUAGAGAGCGUUUGUUCACCGAGCGUUAAAUCGUACAAACCAAGUUGGGCAACUAGAGGUUACAUUGAGAUAAGUGGGGUCCGACCGUGCUACUUUAAAUUUCAUAAAUUGUAA